AUGACCCAGCAACGCGAGGUAAAGAAACUACGAGAACGCAUAGGCACCGAGGCCAUCUCUGGUCGCGCCGCGUGUUACUACAGUCGCAUCACCCGAGAGGACUUGGUGCCUUUGAGAAACGAGUCCGCGCCCCCGCCAGGCCUGGCGCACGACACCCGGUCGCCCCCGCUGCGCACCCCUGAAGCUACAGAUUGUCGGGAGUGCACCGCCGUCCACAGAGUGGCUGUGAUGGAACAAAUGUGCGAGUGCCCACCGGGCAACAAUCGGGAUAUUGCGUACAGCCAUGCAAGUGACGAUGGUUUAAGAGCAGGAGCCAUGUUUGCGGUCCAGGCAAGUGCCCUCGCGCGGGUCGCGGUGGCGUCGCUGAUGGACUGGCCUCGUCUACUCUCCACCAAUUUGGGCAGCGAGCACGCGCAGCAGCGGUGCGUGGCGGCGCUGCGCCGGCUGCGGCCGCUGCGCGUGGACCCGGCCACCGUGGCGCGGCGCGCCGCCGUGCUCGUGCCGCUGUGCCUCGUGGGCGAGGACGUGUGCCUGCUGUACACGCUGCGCGCCGCCGCGCUGCGCCACUACCGCGGCCAGGUCUCCUUCCCCGGCGGCAUGCAGGCGUUUGGUGUGCGCAGGCAGGCGGCGAGCGGGGGCAGCCUGGAGGCGACGGCGCUGCGCGAGGCAGCGCGAGGAAGACUGGGCUGGCGGCAGACGGCGUGCGCGUGUGGAGGUCACGGGCGUUGCGGUGGCCGGCGCGCCCGAGACGCCGCCUUGCUGCCCUUUCGUUGGGCUUCGUGGGCGAAGUGGAACGUUCGCGCGCGCUGGCUCUCUGCUCCGCACGAGGUGGAGCCGCUUUCGCCUGUGCCCUGCAGCGCCUCUGCACCCCUAAACUUUCGAUACACUCAGUUUCGAGGCAGUUUUGCCCUGCCAGUGUUCACUGGAGGAGAGUACCGCAUCUGGGGCCUUACUGCCAUCAUCACCCACACUGUGCUGAAAGCUCUUGUUCCAGCUGUUUAUACGCACCACUUGCCCAAGGUGAAACAUCCUAUUUCUGGCUAAGAAAUUGUCCGCAGGCGGAAUAAAUUUACUUUAUGGAUUUAUUUAUUUUUUAAUAUGAGUGUACAAUUUUUGUGAUAUUAGAAGUACAAAAGCAAAGGUUUAUGAAUUAAAAAGAAUGAAAGAUUUGAUAACAUGUAAACUACUAUAUGUGAUACAUAUUUAUAUUUGUAAUCAUUUUGUCACUGAUUUAAUACCAAUGUUCACAAGUUUUUCACUGAAUACCAAAUUCAUUUAAAACUGGAGGUUUUAAGAUUUUAAAAUUUUUUAAAAUAAAAACUGUUGUUUACUAAUAUUUAUUUUUCAUAAAACUUGAACUCUCAAAAUACCCUUUGUUCCUAACAAAAUAAUUGUGCAAUUGUUAUUUGUAUGUGUGUUUUCAUGAGAAGAUCCAAAAUGAUUUAUAAAAAUGCCAAAUUAUUGACUUCAAUCUCAGUAUUAAUUUUGAUUUACAUUGCAGAAAGAAUGCUUCAGAAACUGAUUUAUUCCUUAUAAUUAUAUUAUUAUAUCCUUCCUUAUAUAUUCCAUAAAAUUAAUAUUUAUUUUGUAAGGGGUCUUCCCAUUAAAAAUCUAAUUAGGGGCAUUGUUCUGAGGAACAAAGUAUAAUUAGUUACAUUUAUGUAACACAUAAUUGUAGAUAGUUUUUCUAUUCCUAAUUUUCAUUGAACUUAAUGCCUCAACAAAUAUGUUAGUCCAAGAAAACUGCUUUUCUGAUAAAUAUUCUUUGGUUUGAGGCCAAACAAACUUCACUAACCAAUAAUUUUAUGUUCAUCUAUGUCCUUUACAGGAGUGGCUCCUUGAACGUCCAGAGGGCUUUACUUAUGAUCAGUUUAAUGCAUAGAAAAUUGUCAUUGCAUGUAAGUUAACUGUUCACAUCUAAAAAGAAUUAGAUUUUGUUAGUGUUUUAUCUCUUCUUCAGUAUUACUUUUGGCUUAUUGAAAAUUCUGUGUAUGCUCAGGAAAGCCAGAAACAUAAAACGAGAAGCCAUUAUUAUUAAGCUCUGUUCAUAGUUUGUCUAAAUGAUUAAAGAUGAAAGCAUCUGUGACUCACUAAUGCAAAAUACACAUAUUAGAAUCAUUAUGGGAAAAGAACUACUAUAGUAUUACAUAUUAUUACAUCUGUUCUGAAGUAAAACCUUGCACAGACGAAAAGAUGCAGGGUCUUACUGAAAGAAUAGUUUUAUAAGCAACUGAAAUUCAGUCACAAUCUCAAUAUGUAUAUCAAGAAUAAAAUGAGAAAUGUCAAACUGGAUAAUGCAUAAUAUCUUCAAAUAAUGUGAAAAGAAGAGAAAAUAGAAGAUAAGAUAUGAAAAAUUUUGUGCAAAUUGAAGUGACUUCUUUGGUGACAAAAACACUUAAAAUGUUGAGCUUUUCAUGUUCAGUAAAUCAAAGGGUCUAGACCUAAUCUGAAUAAACGGUUGAAAAUAAAAUCAUCAUUAAAAUCAGUAUUUAGAGAGAGAGAUUUUAUUUUGAAAGGCACGAAAAUAAUGCCAUGUUCAGAAAACCUUUGCAGAGAGGAGGUUGGAAGUAAGCAUUCUAUGUAGUUCCAAAACUGCUCACUCUUAAAGACAUGUCAAAUGAAUAUUUUCCUCUUCUUAGUUGUGAAAAAAUAACUUAGUUACAAUAAGUCAGUCUUAGGUACUCAAAUUGUCGCAUUAAUUUAAUUAUAGAUUAAGUAAAAAAAGGGAGCAUCAUCAAGAAAGCUUACAGUAAACUAGAAAGGAGGGAUGACAAUGAAACUGAGUUACUGAAGGAUUUCUUUCAAUGUUAAAUGAAAGAGUAUGCCUGAAUCCAAUAGCCAAACCAGAGAAGCCAUCUUUUACCACUAAGAAAUUAUUUUAAAUUUUAAAAGAAAAGAAUUAGUUCAAAUUAGUUUCAAUUAAUUCAAAACUCAGCCCAUUACAUGAUUGGUAUAUAAUUGAAAAUGUUGUUCUCUAGUACUUGGAUAUCUGAAACUUUCCAUUGGUCUAUCCCUGACUGAAUUGUUGCUCUGAUGGCUCCCAACUCUACUAAUUAAUUUUUAUCUUCCACAUUUACUGCCAGCUAUUGACAAAAUAGCAGUUUCUGUUACGGAACUUGCCUUGUUCUCUACAUAGCAUAAAUGAGAUCUGUUUAGGCUGCAGAACUUCAGAGUUAAUUUUACUGAUCAUUUAGCCAGAUGUCAUAAGCAUGACACUCAGAAUGUUCUAUAUUUGAAAACCUACAGCAAGGUUUGAAACCAAGAACUCUGGUUUAGGAAGCCAUUGGGGCCUCUGGAAUACCAUUAUGGCUAGUGGUAUUGAGUGUUAUGUAUAUAUAUCAUGAUAUGUAAUAUCCUUUGUUCUUUACCACUGGAGAGAAACCAGCAGUUAUUACCAUUGAUGGCUUACUUGCCAUGUCCAGCAGUGUCCAAGGCAAUUUGUAGCAUUUGUCAUUAGUGAUCUUAUAGCAUUCUACUUCCAAAGAUAAAAUAAGUUAGUACUCCAUUGUUCUUCACUAGCUCUUUCAUAGAACUUUAUUUUUAUAGAAAUUUAUUUAUUUUUGCAAAUGUUGUUAGUUGCACGGGUCACAAUUUUCAAAUAAGUCAACUUCCAGUUCACACAAAACAAAUGGUAGUCUGGGAAAUAAUAGAAAUAAAAUGUUGCAAUUAAAGUUCUAACUUUAUUUUGUUGUUGAAUUGAUUAUUCAUUACACAUUUUAUAAAGUAGUGAUUUUUGUGAUUUCAGGAUUUUUUUUUUACUUGUACUUAUUGCAGAUGUCAUGCAUAUCAUAAAACAAUGACUUAUUGUCAUAUUUAAUUUUAAAAUAAUGUUGUAUUUACAUGGAUCUAUAUUUUUGAAUACCAAUGUUAAGAAACGAAUGUAUAUUAAAAUUAUUCAAAUGUUAACAUGUUUUUAAUAUUCAAAGUUAAAAUAUUUAAAAGUAGCACUAGGAUAUUCUAACAAUAAAUCUAGUCUACUCACUUGAAACUAGGAAAAUAGCUGUUUAGAAUAGGUUGGUAUAAAAUAAAAUCAUUAGAGCAAAAUAUAUUUGGAAAGGUACUAAUUACCGUUUUAAUGAGUAUUGUUCACUGAAAAACUUGUGAACAAAUUACACUGAUGAUCAUUUUGUGAUCUGUUACACACUACACUAGUGUUGGGAAGAUCGUAAAAUAUGAGUGAAAAAUCCAUGGUGGAUUGUAGGACAGAAAUUUCAUUGAAUUUAUUAUUUGCUGGUAUAUAAAUCUGUUAAUAAUUUCAUGAAACAACAUGUGCAGUAUUCAUUAUUUUUUGCUCUCUUUUUCUCUCUGAACAAGUUUUAUUUUUAAAAUAUCUCCAAAUAAUGAAUUCUGACAUUGUAUCUUUCCAGGCAUGCCUGUAACUUUUGAUGGUGCCAUUGACUACUCAAAUAAUUUUGUCAAUAUUUUGUGUAUUAAAAUGGUGGAGAGUGUGCUUGCUUCUUAUAAUUGUAAAAGACAAUGUGAUAUUACAAAACACUGAAUAAAGGGUUUUUGAAUGAAGA